AACUUACCUCCAUAUUUGCUUUGUAUGUUUUUUUUGUUUUAGUGCAUGAUUAAGUAUUAUUUUUUUGUUGGAUUAUUUUGAUUAUGUAUUACCAUGGUCCAAGUUGGAAGUACACGUAUGAGGAUUAUUUUCCAGGCGAAGAUAAAAAAUUUUAGGCAGAACGUUUUUAAUCGAUAAUUCAUACAUACAAUUAAAAAUGAAUGCUGAUUGUGGUGAGUUGUUAAAAUACAGUGACAGUGAAAAAAAUGCAGAAAAUGGUGAAAACCCCGAGAAGCCAGAAGAAAAAGAAAUCAUCCAGGACAUCGAUUUCGACAAAGAAGUCCAAAUUUUUGACAUGUCUUCCGAGAAGACAUAUAGAGAGAACACAAUGGGUAUGACAAUAAGCUCUGGCAGUGUGACUAUUAAAAAAGACAGCAACAAUUUGAUUGGCAUUAGUAUUGGGGGUGGAGCUCCACUUUGUCCUUGUCUGUACAUAGUCCAAAUUUUUGAUAACACUGCAGCAAGCCGUGAUGGAACCCUCCAAUCAGGCGACGAGUUGGUUUCCGUUAACGGACAAUCUGUCAAGGGAAAAACCAAAGUUGAGGUGGCCAAGAUGAUACAAGCCACAAAAGAUGAAGUAGUAAUAAAUUACAAUAAACUUCAUGCAGAAACACAACAAGGCAAAAGUUUGGACAUAGUUUUAAAGAAAAUGAAACAUCGACUUGUGGAGAAUAUGAGCUCUUCUACAGCGGACGCUUUAGGUCUAUCAAGAGCUAUUUUAUGCAACGAUACACUUGUUAAAAAAAUGCAGGAACUUCAAGACACUGAGCUAAUGUAUAGAGGACUAGUGGAGCACAGCAAAAGAGUACUUCAGGCUCAUGUAGAUUUGCAUCAAACUAUUAAAGCAAUGGGAGAUGUAUUUGCAAAUUUGGCUGUUAGAGAACCGCAGCCAAGGGCUAGCGAGGCUUUCAGACUUUUUGGGGAGCAACACAGAACCAUGGAAAAAAUUGGAAAUGAUAUGGUUAAAAAUGUAAAACCGGUUAUAGCAGACAUGGGGACGUAUUUGUACAAAGCUAUUCCUGAUACACGGCUGACAGUGAAAAAAUAUGCUGAUGCUAAAUUUGAAUAUUUGGCUUAUUGCCUUAAAGUCAAGGAAAUGGAUGACGAGGAAUGUGGAUACGCUGCUAUUCAAGAACCUUUAUACAGGGUGGAUACAGGAAAUUACGAAUACAGAUUAAUUUUAAGGUGUAGACAAUUGGCCAGGGCAAGGUUUGCAAAGUUAAGGGCUGAUGUUUUGGUUAAAAUGGAGUUACUGGAUAAUAAGCAUGUACAAUCUUUGGGUGGACAUUUGUCUAAAUUAAUUAGAGGUCUUUCAGAAUUACAUACAAAUACCAUCGAAUUGUGGCAAGGGCCUCCUUUAUUCCCAGUUGAAGUGGAUUUAUCCAACAGCGCUUUCCAGUACAAAUCCACAACCCCAGUUGUUCAAAAUCAAGAGACUGAAGAGGAAAUAGAAAAUGGCCAAGAAAUAAAUGAAAACGAUCAGGACGAUAGUUUGAUAUGCGAUUUAGGCGAAAUAGAAUUGCAUUCGGAAAACAAUUCACUUAUUCCUAAUUUGGAAGAAAAAAAUGAGCCCAACUAUGACGAAAUGGAUAAUUUAACACUAUUGUCGUCACUAAAUAUCCAAGAAAACCCCACUAAUGGUCCACUGUUGCCAGAUUUAAAUUAAGUUGUAUAUUAUAAAUUAUUUAUUAAUUGUUUUAUUUUGUUAAAAUAAAAUAUGUGAUGCUUUUGAUUUAA